AUGGCCACGCACCACUCCACUAUCAAAGCCUUUUCAGACAAAAUGGCAGAGACGCCUGCUUCGCAAUGGAACGAGUCUUCGUCCCAGGGUAGCCAGCCACCAGCACCCACUCAACCAGGCAUUAUCCCAAACUUCUCACCAGCAAGUCCCCAGGCAAGUGGCAAACACUCGGGCCAGUGUAGCCGACCCCCAGAAUUCAUCCCAGUAGGCGGAAGCAAGAAAAAGAAUAAGAAGAAGAAGAGCAAAGCCAAGAAGCGGCUGAGAUCGCCCGAGCCAUCCAGCAGCAACGUAACAACUCCGCCGCUGCCCCGACCCUCAAGCCUGCAGGCAAGUGAAAGUGGUUCAAUCACAUGGGCCGAGAAAUCGAAACGCCAAAAGGUAGUAGCAAAGAAAGACCUACACACAGACAAGUUCUUCAAGGGGAUUGCAGCAACAAUUCACAAGACCUUCCCGGUCUACGCCUUUGCAGAGGAGUUCGGCUGCAACCCAGCUGAGGUCCUCGAUGCCCUGAGUGCCGUAGUUGAGGCACCACUCUGCAGUCCGCAGCCUUGGCACUUCGCCGAUUCAGUUUCCAAAUAUGGGAAGCGCCUGAUUGCUAGCUGGCAUGAUACCCACUGGCCAGCGGCUCAUGUGCCACAAGACCAGUUGGACUAUUAUGAGCGGUGCGAACGAGAGGAAAAAGCCAGGCUCAGCAAAGCCAACUUCGAGGCCCAACAGCGCUACAAAGAGCGACAGAUACGUGCCAUCGAGUCUAUCGUCAAGGAAGGGACUCCCAAGCCUAUCGAGCAGUCUGUCAGCACCGAGGCUUAUAUGCCCCCCGCACCAGCUUUCUCAGACUCAGAUGGCAUUUCAAUUUCAAGUAAGUUUCCGGCCUGGAAAGGAAAGGAGCCUGUCCGACGAGAAAUUCAAUCGUCGCCUGAGGAAGGACCGUCAGUACCACGUUUCCGGUCUCCCAGGCAAGUAGAGCCGUCUGUCAGCCCUGAGCCUUAUACGCCCCCCGCAGCCAUUAUCUUGGACUCGGAUGGCGUUUACAUUCCCAACAAGGAUCCAGCCUGGAAAGGAAAAGAGCCUGUCGGACGAGCAAGUCAAUCGCAGCCAGAGGCAGGUCCAUCGGUACCACAAAUACUAUCGAGUCACGAAAUCGAAGUUCGCUACGACGUUCAUAGGCCCGGUAUCAUGGACAGUCAAUGGGCUGAAGACCUCGGCGUGCUUCCAAUCUCAGACGAGAUGGAUGACGCUGAGCUGCAACAGGCCUUGGCUAAGGGGGUUUUAUUCCAAGAAUGGUGA